AUUCAUCUGAUAAAAAUGGCGACCAUUUGUACCAUGGGGGAAGAUUUUACAUUUAAAGACAUUUUUAGCAAGGGAACAUGAAAGUAAGCUUCAGUUACUUAAGUUAACAAGAAGUGAUUUCGUGAUUGUUAUCGGUCAUGUUCACUGGAGUGGCUAGUAAGAUGCUUUUAGUUGUCUUUGAUCUGGCCGUGUGAGAUUGCGUUCUCACCGUGCCCUAAUUCCUUCGUUUGCAUGCUUGUGAAAACUGAUUCUUGUUCCGCACAGAUGUCAACGCAGUUUACUCCAUACGCUUGCUAGAGUCCUGGACCGAAUGUGCGUGCGCGGAAAGACAGAAUGACAAAUUGAAGGGAUUGCAGGCAUUUACUUUGCCCCUGUCUGUCUUCUUUGAAUGAGCGGAAUGAAUCGAAUAUAUAUUUUGCGUAUUUUGGUGUCAAUAGUACACCUGCCAACGCAAGACACGGUGAAUUUAUCGGGGACAGUCUAACUUCCGAAGAGGUAGACAUCUCCCCGUCAACCGGGACGUUAGCCUUACUGACGCACAGGGCAGCAGCCCACAGAAGUGAGCCCACGCGCCUGGAUUCCUCUUUGCCUCGUGCUGUGCACCUACACAGCGGAGAUGUUCCCUUCCACAUCCCCUUAACGGGACAUUCAUGUGUUCGUUUGUUUUGUUUAUUUUUUCUUUGGAUUGAAGGAAGGCGAGGGGCAAGCCAAACGGUCCAUUUCCAAGUUUGGUGAGCGGGCGACCGGUGUUACAAGGCAAUGGCAGUCCCAGUGACUUCAGUAUCGUUACUCGCUCUCCUUGCACUCGUUUCAAUGGUGCUGAGUGCCGAGAUCGAGGAGAGGCUGGUGGGUCAGCUGCUGUCACCUGAGAGGUACAACAAGCUGAUCAGGCCAGCCGUCAACACAAGCCAGGUCGUCACCAUCAGCAUACAGGUGUCCCUGGCCCAGCUCAUCAGUGUGAAUGAGAGAGAGCAGAUAAUGACCACCAACUGCUGGCUCACACAGAUCUGGAAUGAUUACAGGUUAAUAUGGGAUCCUGAUGAGUAUGAGGGCAUCAGAAAAGUUCGCCUUCCGUCUCAACACAUCUGGUUACCGGAUAUCGUCCUGUACAACAAUGCUGAUGGGACAUACGAGGUGUCCUUCUACUCUAAUGCGGUGGUGACUUACAAUGGUGAGGUGGCCUGGCUACCUCCAGCCAUCUACAAAAGCGCCUGCAAGAUCGAGGUGCGCGACUUCCCCUUCGACCAGCAGAACUGCACGCUCAAGUUCCGCUCCUGGACCUACGACCACACAGAGAUCGACCUGGUGCUCAUGUCCGACUUUGCCAGCCGCGACGACUUCAAGCCGAGUGGCGAAUGGGACAUCGUCUCACUGCCCGGCCGCAAGAAUGAGGACCCGAAUGACGACACCUACCUGGACAUCACCUACGACUUCAUCAUCAAGCGCAAGCCGCUCUUCUACACCAUCAACCUCAUCAUCCCCUGCGUCCUCAUCACCUCCCUGGCCAUCCUGGUGUUCUACCUGCCGUCCGACUGCGGUGAGAAGAUCACCCUGUGCAUCUCCGUGCUGCUGGCCCUCACCGUGUUCCUCCUGCUGAUCUCCAAGAUCGUGCCGCCCACUUCGCUGGCCGUGCCGCUCAUCGGCAAGUACCUGAUGUUCACCAUGGUGCUGGUGACCUUCUCCAUCGUGACCAGCGUGUGCGUGCUCAACGUGCACCACCGCUCGCCCAGCACGCACACCAUGCCGCCAUGGGUCAAGCGCCUCUUCCUCGUGCGCCUGCCGGCCUUCCUCUUCAUGCGGCGGCCCGGCGGCAGCUCCAACGUGCGCGAGCGCUUCCGCCACAGGCACCGCAAGUGCUCCUUUUCCGACCCCAAAACGGGAGAGGCCGCCGGUCAGGGAGGCUCCGCCGGAGGAGGAGGAGGAGGAGGAGGGUCCGGCGACUCGCCCUCCACGUUCUUCGUGAACGAGGACUCGGCGAAGCGCUACGGCUGGCACUCGGGCGACCUGCCGGAGAGUGGCGCCAGCGGGACGGAGUUCCGCCGCCGCAUGACCCUCCGCUGCAACGUGGACGUGCAGGAGGCCGUGGACGGCGUGCGCUACAUCGCCGAGAAGAUGAAGACGGAGGAUGACGACGAAGGGAUCAUCGAGGACUGGAAGUAUGUGGCCAUGGUGAUCGACAGGCUGUUCCUGUGGGUGUUCGUGUUGGUCUGUGUGACCGGCACGAUAGGACUGUUCAUGCAGCCGCUGUUUCAGAGCCUGAACACGCCCACGGUGGACGACGGCGAGUGAGCGGGGACAAAAUAGCCCUCUCUUCACGACCCCCUCAUAAUGGACAAGGAGCUGAAGAGCUCUCAGACCUCCUGAUCACGCC